AGACGACCCCCAUUUUGCUUGUUUUUACGAGGCAAGGAUGUGCAUAGGGCGUUGCGGGUGAAGCGGUUUGUUGCCGAUCCGAUUCUUCUUACUCAAUCAUACACCUGAAUGAUCUGUGCCACAAGUUUGUGUGUUUUGCUGUUGAGGCAUUCCUAGAUCUUGUCUGGCGUCAUACUUACUUUCCUUUGCCGCUUGCACAAAAGGCACGAUGGCGAAAGCUGCUUCAGACACGAGCAAUAUGGAUAUGGAGAAGCAGGAUCACCGAGAUGGGCAUGCGAUUUCCGAUGAUGCGAAUAUGCGAUCCUGGCCGAACCCGGAAGACGAUGAAAUUGAACGCGCGAUUGAAGAAGCAGAAGAAUCGCCACAUCACGACGUGAGCCCACGAGAGAAGCCGACGGGACUCGCAGGAACUCUUUCACGAACGAUAUCGAGACGAUCAGCUGCUUCAUCGUGGCAAGAUCCAGGACCGCCGCCGGAUGGAGGUCUUCAAGCCUGGAUCCAAGUCGCAUGCGUGCACUUCACCAUCUUCUCCACAUUUGGCUACAUCACAUCAUUCGGAGUCUUUCAAACAUAUUACGAGAACACGCUUGGAGUCGACCCUUCUGCUAUCUCAUGGAUUGGCAGUAUACAAAUCUUCCUCCUCUUCGGGAUAGGCACAUUCACCGGCCGAGCGACAGACGCAGGCCUCUUCCGACCAGUCUAUAUCACCGGAGCAGUUUUCCUCAUCGUCGGCAUCUUUUGCCAAGCAGAAGCGAAGAACUUCUGGCAACUAUUCCUAAGUCAAGCGCUUUGCAUCGGCAUCGCAAAUGGUCUACAAUUCUGUCCUGCCAUGUCUCUCAUCACGACCUACUUUGCGAAGAGACGAGCUUUGGCAGUUGGCAUCACAGCUAUUGGAUCUUGUACAGGAGGCGUUGUCUUUCCGGUCAUUGUGCAGCAGCUUCUGCCCAAGAUUGGAUAUCCUUGGACUGUGCGUGUGAUUGGUUUCAUCAUGCUGGCGACGAAUAUUGUUACGAUUACGUUCCUCCGCACGCGUCUGCCCCCGAGGAAGUCUGGACCGCUGGUUGACUGGGCGUCGUUCAAGGAAUUGCCGUUUGCGCUUUAUUGCAUUAGCAUGUUCUUCAACUUCUGGGGCCUCUACUUCGUCUUCUUUUACAUCGGCUCAUAUGGUCGCAAUGUCCUCGGCGUCAGCUACCAACAAUCGAUCAACCUGCUUCUCACCGUCGUCUGCGUCGGGUUCGUUUUCCGGCUCGUACCCAACUAUUUCGCUGACAAGAUCGGAUCUCUCAAUACUCUCAUACCAUUCUGCCUUCUCUGCGGGAUCAUGAUGUUCGCAUGGAUCGGAAUACAUUCGCUUCCGGCGCUCUACGUGUUUGCGGCGAUUUAUGGAUCAGGAAGUGCCGUAAUUCAAGCCCUCUGGCCAGCAGUCAUCGGCAGCCUCAACAAGGUUCCGGAUUUGAAGAAAGCAGGUGUACGCAUGGGAAUGGCAUUUACGGUCGUGAGCUUCGCCUCUUUGACAGGCCCGCCUUUAGCAGGCGCGUUAAUUCAACAAAACGGAGGCGAUUAUCUCAAUGCGCAGAUCUGGGGAGGUCUGAGCUUCUUCGUAGGCUGCAUCGGACUCAUAGCCACAAGAUGGUCCAUCGUGGGCUGGGAUCCCAAAGGACGGAUAUGAGAAGAAUAAAAACUCGAUAUUGCUCUCCUUCCGUCGGCGUUGCUCGGUGUUCAUGUGCUGUCCCUUCUACAUCCCCUCUCUCUGCGAACAACGCCCUACAUCCCAUGCCGAAUCUCCGCCACUAUGA